UUAGGUUUUGUCCCUCCUCCUCCCCUUCGCCAGCAGCAGCGUUUAGCCCGGGACUGGACCGAGAUAGAGUUGAGGAAGCGUUGGCGGAGCCGCGGAGGGAUGCUUAUUUUCAAAAAACGAUUUCCAGUUUAUCUAGAGAAGUGAGCAAAUUCCCAGAAUCAAAAAGGCAUUGGAAAACUUUUAUCUUUACAAAUUACUGGAUGUUUUUCAAUAGUUUUUCUGGAAGGCCAGAAGGUAGCUGAAAAUUGGCGUUGUCUGAACCUACGUCUGGUUUAUAAGGGCUUAUCACAAUGGCAACUGGCCUAGCCAAUGUAGGAAGCUCUUUUGGAGGUCCAUCUAAUUCUCUGGUGUCUAGAUCUAAGUUCCAGAGUACCUCCAUAGAAGAUGAUGAUGAUGUUGUGUUUGUUGAACCUGUACAACCUCCACAAAUCUCUACACCAUUAAUAACAGACCACAGAAAUGUUUUUAAUUCAUCCAGUAAUGAAGAGCAACAUGGAAGUGACCCUAAAAUAUCUGCUCCGUCAAAAGACAUGAGCGCUCAGAAGGGAAGUAUAACUGAGACUAUUAUUAUUGAUGAUGAAGAAGACAUUGAAACAAAUCAGGGACAAGAGAGAAAUGAUUCCAGUUUCAAUGAAAGAAGAUUUCCAGAGGGUAAAAACAGAACCAAUGAAAUGGAAUUCUCAACAUCCAGUUUUUCAAGAAGUAAGGUAAAUGCAGGAAUAGGUAAUAGUGGUAUAACCACAGAACCAGACUCUGAAAUUCAAAUAGCUAAUGUUACUACAUUAGAAAGAGGUAUGAGCUCUGUGAGUGUUGGCCGUUUAGAAAAUACUGAAGGGCGUGACAUGAACUUAAUGAUAACACAUGUAACAUCACUACAGAAUACCAACUUGGGAGAUGUAUCUAACGGACUGCAGUCAAGUAAUUUUGGUGUUAAUAUACAAACAUACACCCCAUCUUUAACUUCACAGACCAAGACUGGUGUAGGACCUUUCAAUCCCGGUAGAAUGAACGUAGCUGGUGAUGUCUUUCAGAAUGGAGAAUCUGCAACUCAUCAUAAUCCAGAUUCCUGGAUAUCUCAGUCAGCUUCAUUUCCAAGAAAUCAGAAGCAACCAGGUGUAGAUUCCCUAUCUCCUGUGGCAUCUCUUCCCAAACAAGUCUUCCAACCACCUGCACAACAGCAGCCUUCAAAGCAGGUUAAAGUUACAUGUGCUAACUGCAAAAAGCCUUUGCAAAAGGGCCAGACUGCAUAUCAGCGGAAAGGAUCUGUUCACCUUUUUUGCUCUACGACUUGCCUUUCAUCAUUUUCACAUAAACCAGCUCCAAAGAAACUCUGUGUUAUGUGCAAAAAAGACAUAACAACAAUGAAAGGAACCAUUGUUGCUCAGGUUGAUUCAAGUGAAUCUUUCCAGGAGUUUUGCAGUACAUCAUGUCUGUCUUUCUAUGAAGACAAACAGAAUCCUUCAAAAGGAAUCUUAAAUAAGUCAAGAUGCACUAUCUGUGGUAAACUAACUGAGAUACGUCAUGAAGUUAGCUUUAAAAACAUGACUCAUAAGUUGUGUAGUGAUCACUGCUUCAAUCGAUACCGAAUGGCAAAUGGUUUAAUCAUGAAUUGUUGUGAGCAUUGUGGAGAAUACCUUCCAAGUAAAGGUGCAGCAAACAAUAUUCUUAUGGUUGAUGGAGAGCCGAAAAGAUUCUGUUGCCAAAGCUGUGUUAGUGAAUAUAAACAGAAAUAUGGCAAAUUAACCGCUUGUACUGGUUGCACAACUCAGUGCAAGUUUUUUGACAUGACACAGUGCAUAGGAACUAAUGGACAUAUGGAGCCAUACUGCUCAACCACAUGCAUGAACACACACAAAUCAAAAUAUGCAAAACCACAAAGUUUGGAAAUUGUUUGCCAAUUUUGUAAACGAAACUCUUUACCUCAGUAUCAAGCCACAAUGCCUGAUGGAAUACUGUACAACUUUUGCAGUUCCAGUUGUGUAGCUAAAUUUCAGACUCUUAAUGUACCAUCUUCAACCAAUGGCCAGUUUGUGGCUCCAAGUGAUAUUCAGUUGAAAUGCAAUUAUUGUAAAAAUACUUUCUGUUCAAAACCUGAAGUACUGGAAUGGGAAAACAAAGUGUACCAGUUUUGCAGCAGAAUUUGUUCUGAUGACUAUAAGAAGCUACAUUGUAUAGUAACAUACUGUGAAUACUGUCAAGAGGAGAAGACUUUGCAUGAAACGGUAAAAUUUUCUGGUAUCAAGAGACCAUUCUGUAGUGAAGGUUGCAAGCUGCUAUAUAAACAAGAUUUUGCAAGACGGUUAGGAUUACGCUGUGUUACUUGCAAUUAUUGUUCUCAACUCUGUAAAAAGGGAGCAUCCAAGGAACUUGAUGGAGUAGUAAGAGAUUUCUGUAGUGAAGAGUGUUGCAGGAAAUUUCAAGAUUGGUACUAUAAGGCUGCAAGGUGUGACUGCUGCAAAAUUCAAGGAACUCUUAAAGAGAAAGUACAGUGGAGAGGGGAAAUGAAGAACUUUUGUGAUCAGCAUUGCCUUCUGCGUUUCUACUGUCAACAAAACGAACCGAAUAUGGCAACACAAAAAGGACCAGAAAACUUACAUUAUGAUCAAAGUAGCCAAACUCCCCGAACAAAAAACACAGGAUCAGCUCCACCUCCUUCCCCUACACCAAAUAAAGAAAUGAAGAACAAAGCAGUUCUCUGCAAACCGCUAACGAUGACAAAAGCUACCUUCUGUAAACCCCACAUGCAAACAAAAUCUUGUCAGACAGAUGAUGACUGGAAAAAAGAAUAUGUCCCUUUGCCUGUUCCUGUACCUGUAUAUGUACCUGCUCCUAUGCAUAUGUAUAGUCAAACUGUACCAGUUCCUACAACGGUUCCUGUUCCAGUUCCAGUUCCAAUUUUUCUGCCUACUACGUUGGAUAGCAGUGAGAAGAUACUUGAAGCAAUAGUAGAACUAAAAAAUAAAAAUCCUCCCAGUCCUGAAGAGACUUUGGACUCAUUGAAUGUAACAGAAGAUAUUUCUGAAAAAAAAGAGCACGUAGAACCUGCAGAGCUCCAAAAUGUAAUAAUUGAGACAGAAUUGCUUAAUUCUGUGACAGAAACACAGACAAGCUUGCCUGAUGUCCCAUAUGAGCCAGAUCUUGAUAUCGAGGUUGAUUUUCCUAGAGCAACAGAAGAACUUGACACAGAGAAUGAAUUUUUGCUACCACCUGUAUUUGGAGAAGAAUACGAGGAACAGCCAAGACCUCGAAGUAAAAAGAAGGGACUAAAGAGAAAAGCUGUGUCAGAAUACCAUUCUCAAGAUGAUGCCUCUGAGAACUCAGAGUGCAGUUUUCCUUUCAAGUAUGCAUAUGGUGUAAAUGCAUGGAAACAUUGGGUAAAAGCUAGGAACUUAGAGGAAGAUCUGUCAGUACUAGAUGAAUUAAAAUCAACAAAGUCAGUAAAAUUGAAAGAAGAUAUUAUAUCACAUACUUCUACUGAGCUAAAUUUUGGGCUGGCACACUUUGUAAAUGAAGUCCGAAGACCAAACGGAGAAAACUAUGCACCUGACAGUAUCUAUUAUUUGUGUCUUGGGAUUCAGGAAUACCUGAAUGGAAGCAAUCGAGAAGAUAAUAUCUUUUUGGAUACUAAUUAUCAUACAUUUAUGCAGGAAUUAAAUAAAAUACUCAGAAGCUGGCAGCCCAGCAUACUUCCAGAUGGUUCGAUAUUUUCUCGAGUUGAGGAGGACUAUCUCUGGAAGAUUAAACAGCUGGGAUCCCAUUCUCCAGCUGCUCUUUUAAAUACACUAUUCUACUUCAACACCAAGUAUUUUGGUCUGAAAACAGUGGAGCAGCACUUAAGACUUUCCUUUGGCACUGUUUAUAGACAUUGGAAGAAGAAUCCUCUAACAAAGGAAAGCAAAGCUUGUCUUAGAUAUCAGGUUUCCUCUCUGUGUGGAACAGAUAAUGAAGAAGAUAAAAUUACUACUGGAAAAAGGAAGCACGAAGACGAUGAGCCAGUAUUUGAACAAAUGGAAAACAUCGCAGAUCCUUCUAGAUGUCCUGUGAAAAUGUUUGAAUGCUAUUUAUCUAGGAGCCCGUCAAAUCUCACUCAGAGAAUGGACGUGUUCUAUUUGCAGCCAGCUUGUCCACUAUCUUCGGAGAGUCCCAUUUGGUAUACUUCCACUUCAGUGGACCGCAAUACUUUGGAAAAUAUGCUUGUACGGGUUCUUUUAGUAAAAGAUAUUUAUGAUAAAGACAAUUACGAACUGGAUGAAGACAUAGAUUAAACACUUCCCAAAUUCAAAGAAACACAACAGCAUUAGCUAGUCAAGCUGCUAGAUUUUUAUUAUGGAAAAAGAAAAACAUUUCAAGUUUACUCUUUGUUUAACAUGUUUUGUAGCAGUGUACCCUUUGCUGGGUAUUACCAUGUAUAUAAUCUGUGAGAGAAAACGGCCAUUAUUCUGCAUAGUGGUUUUAGGAUACUUAACAAACCCAUUCAUUUUUAAUUAUUAUUUAUUUGGUUAGAUAUGUUUGUAACUUUUUACAUUGCAAAAUUUGAAUGAGAAUGUGCCAUGUGUAAUAUUCAGGGUGGGGUCGGGUGGGGAGGGUGUCAUAGUAAGCAACAUCCAUAUUGCACAACAUCACUGUUGCAGAGCUUCCUUGAAAGAGUUGGGGCUUUUAACUGGGAACUGAAAUCAGGUAGUUGUGUAUGGAUAGCACUACUAAGGUUUAGGACUUGCUGUGUAUUUCCGAAUUUUUUAAAUAAAUUGUAAACUAAUAGGUUUUUUACUCUUAGUUACUGAUGCCUUAUGAGGUUAUCUAGAAAGGUUCCAUCUUAUGUACCAAAAAUAGGAGAAAAAAAAAAGAGAAUGCUGUUAAUAUUGAUGUACUGUAAUGUGAAUCAAUGCUGGUGAAAAUUAAUUUUCUGGGUUGCUCUUAUUAAAAAAAAAAUCUUAGUAUCUUUCCUUGUGACUCUCUGAAUUUGAACUUACAAAUACAGUGUAUUUUACAUAAAGAGCACAAGAGGGGGAAACGUAUCCAUUUGGAUUUUGCCCUUCGAUAGGAUGCAUACUGAAAAAUUUUGUUUGAAAGUUUACUUAAAUUCAAAAUAUACAUCUAUCUUAUGCUGUUAAUAUUCUUUAUGCUUUUUUCAGUAUAUUCACAGGAAGGCAUAUCAAAAUAUAAAUAAAACAAAUGCAACAAAAAUAAAUAGCAUACAGCAGCCAGAUAAACCUUAACAGCAAUAUAACGUAAUAAUUUUAAAUGAAAGAAAUAAAAACAGGAUUAGCAUCAAAAAGAUAAGUAGGUGUUGAGAAAGCUCUUUGGGGGACAAAAUUCUAUAAUUUGACAUCCACUGCUGGAAAUUGCUGUAUCUUCAUUAGCAGAUUACAGCAUAAAAAUACCUGCAAUUCUGUAAAUUAAAUCCUUAUUUUGUUGCCUGUACUUAUUCAUUCAUUUCUCUUCACUGUCUACAAUCAUUGCUCCCCGUCACCUGGAAUAUUUCUUGUGCAGAUGUGAGCUAUAUGAAUGGCUGCUGCCGAAUUCCGACAAGUUCAGCACAAACGACGCAGCUGCAUUUUUUGCCUUUUGUAAGUAGUCACCCAGAAUUGCCUUGCACAAAGAGAAAGGGGCUCAGAGACGUACAGCAGUUCUCAUUACUUCUCUGUGACUCUGUGGAGUCCAAUUGUGGAGAAUUCCCAGAGUUUGAAGGAUUGGUUUUUCAGGCACCAAUGGAAAGGGAAGGGUUGGGGUCCCAGCACAUAACCAGUAGUGUAUGAGAGUCAAAACAGUCCAGAUGAUGGUGGCAACCAAAGUCCUCCUCCUUUUUAUGAGAGGAAGGGGAGGAGCCAUCCUGAUUUUGGAUACUGACAUCCUUCUUUGAUGCCUCUGGUAUAAUCCUAUACUUGCAUAUACGAAUUAUACAGUUGUAUUUGCUUGUUGCUUGGCCCCAUUUUUAGGUUAUGUACUAUUGGAUAUAUGUUUUCUUCAGUGCAGUGCAGAAAUACUUAGCAUGCUAAUAGUUUCACAUUAAAGAUGAUUCUUGAACAAGUAUCUUGCUGAUGUCCAUCAUUUAAUAAAUAGUGGACCAAUCUGAGGCAGAUUUAUAUAGUCUCAAACACGCUAGAUUCUUGGAGUGAACUUGGCAGGUAGGAAUUGACAUUCAUUUGAACCAGAAUUUUGUGAUAGAAUGCAUACUCUGCAUAUAAUGACUGCACAUCCAGAAUUAGUAGUGACAUUUAGAAGUGGGGAGGGGCACCACAAUUGAGCAUUUUAUUAUUAUUGCAAAUGCUUUUGCCACAAAACUGUAGUACUUUAAAAAAAUUAAUUGAUCUGUGGUACAGAUUUUAAAGCAACAUAUCACAUGCUUAUUUUUUUGUGUGUGUAUGUAUGUGUUUUCAAUUUUAAGACUGUGCUAACAAAAAUGAAGUUGAUAGCCAUUUGUCAUUUCAAGGAUGCCAUUUUAUUCCAAAAGCAUGCCACAUUUGAGAGAAAGAAACCUCAUUCAAACCAGAAUAAGCUAAAUAUAGAGAGGAGUCUUUUGAAGCUAUUGUGGAAAUCAAAAUCUAGUAUCUAUGCGGGGACUUUAAAGAUCAAUCGGGGCGUUCAACACAAAACCAUAGCUGAACAAUGUUAAGUCAAAAAGCACAUAACCCCAUGUUUUUACUCUGCAUGGAGACUUAAAUGUUAGCUGUAUUGAUAAGAGCAUGCUAAAAUAAUCUUCAAGAUUAUGUAUUGAAAAAAAUAUGCUAGUUAAAUCCAUACUAGAAAUGUGCUGUUUAUCUUAUUUCCCUGCAGUUCUUUUAUUGCCAUGACUCCAUUUUUCCAGUAGGCAUUAAAAGUUAUGUUUCUUUAGUAUCAAUUCAAUGCACUCAUAGAAAAAUAGCUAACAUGUAUUAUUUUCUAUUGCAGUAUUUUAUUACAUCAAAUUAAUUACUAAAAGAAGAAAAACUACAGGCUGAAACUUUUAAUAUAAUGGUAUAAUAUUGUAAUUCACCCUUCCACCCACACAAUUGGGAGGUGGGAAAGGCCUGACAAUUUAACUUUAUUACUUGAAAAUGCUCUCCUUGCCUCCAUCAGAAAACUGAGGUACAGAUUUAUCCUUUAGGCAUCAAAUGUUUUUAGUGCUUUCUAUGCCCCCAAAAAUCCAUGGAUCCUGAUGGUGGACUGAUUCCAAACACUGGCUUGGAAUCAAGCAAAAUAUGCUUCCUUAAUCAGCAAGGAUCAAUCUUAGACCAGUGUUUUUCAACCCUUUAAGUUGUGUGGACUUCAACUCCCAGCAUUCCUCAUCCAGCCGCACAUCUUAAAGUUGUCAAGGUUGAGAAACACUGAUUUAGAUUUUGAUCUCAUUUUCUUUAGAUAGCAAUAACAAUCCUCAAGCUUUUGAAGGGUAUUCAGGCCAAAACUCAAACUAUUUUGAUACGAUGCUAAACAAAAAGAAACAGUUCAAACAUGUACAGAUGAUCUUACUUGGAGCUCAGGGACUUCUUUUUUUACUUUUAGACAAGAGGCUCAGAUGUGUCUUAAAUUUAUUUUUUAAUGGAGGGAUUUUAAUCAAUCUCUGUUCAAUUCUCCUUUAGUUGUGGUUCUGGGUAUAUGUUUUGAGAAAUAAACAUUUGCAAGUUUUCACUGUAUAGUGCAACAUGCAUGGUUACCAAUAAUUACCAAGCAUGUGUACAAUCCCAUUUUAAUCCCUGCCACAUAUGACUCUUUAAUCUAGAUUACAGGCUUCACAUGCCUUGAAUCAGAAUAAACCAGAUGCUCUCCUUUAAAGUUAUCAUAUUGUAUUUAUGAGAAUAACAAAAUGGCAGCUGUUUUGAGUUUACAUGCACAAUAAUCCUAUAACCUUGUUUAAAGAGCUCCAUUUGUGUGUGGAUGUAAAACAAGAUGUAAAACUUUAUUAUGUAACCACAGACAAAAUGUAUUUCUUCCAAUGAAAUAUAGCAUUGCCUAUAGCUAUAUUAAUAGACCCUUAACAACAACUGUACUUUAGUUUUGAACUACAUUUUUAAGAGAGAAAAAACUGUCAGUUUACAAGGUGUGAAUCCCACUAAAGUGUAAGUUUAAGUCAGCAACAAAAGUAAUGCUUCUGAUCUCAUAGCCAUGAUCUUCCCUCUCACCCUCACUUAGCCAUGGCAGAAGAUGUAAAUCUGAUUGAAAAAGAAAGUUUGUUAACUCAUAAUUUCAGACUAGUUACAAACUUAGAAAAAUCUAGUUUUUAAUAGCCAUGGUUAGUCCCGAUGCAGAAUAAUUUAUUGAUUCACGAUAGCACGAUAAUCCAUAAUGGGGGUUUCUUGGUUUUGGCUUAGCACAAUGUAUACACUGCAGUAGUGCUCCAUGGUUAGGAUAAUUGCGAUGAAUGGGCACAGAAUGAAUAAGUCUCAUGAAAGGCAGUGGUGUCUUAGGUUAUCAAAAAUGCAAUGUGUGUGCAUCAAGCUGAAUAUUGCCUGGCACAUCUCUUUGACGGGAAAGUUGUUCUUUGCAGUAAAAAUGAUCAGAAUUUGCUGCUGAUGUGUAGUUAACUUUCUGUAUAUAAUUGUAUUUGUUUAUUUAAUGCUAUGCUGUCUUUUUCCACUCAGUUUCUUAAAAUUUUGUUUGUUUAUUCCAGUUUUACUGUCUAAUUUUUUUAAAAAAUAAAAUUUAAUUUGCUCCUCCUCAAAA